AUGCAUCUCCCUUUCGCUGUUCUCUCCUCCGUCGCCUUGCUGACCGCGGGUCAGCAAGUGAGAUCCUUCUACUCUGGACCCGUCGCUUCAUAUUCGAACGAGUACAACUUGGGUCCGGCUCAGCAGUAUGCCCCCGUCCAGAGUCAGCGUUACGCCCCCGACCAAGCUCAGCAAUACGCUCCGAUCCAGCAACCGCAGUCCCCAGAGCCGUAUGCGUACCGAGCCGUUCCACAGCGACGCUUCGAGCCCGUGCAGCAAGUCCGGGCGCUACCCGCCGCCGUUCCGGUGGUUUCGGCUCAGCCCGCAUUCCGCGCCGAUCGAAACUACCCGACCGUUUCAGCGCGUUACCCAACGAAUUCGAUCUCGUCCGUGAGGACAACUCUGCAACCUGUCGCCGGGAACGUGGCUGUUCCGGCUUAUCCAGUAGCAGCCGGAGUACGUCUCGGCGGGGUUCGUGGAGCCGCGCUUGAAGAUCGCAUCAAUUAUCCUCCGACUCCGUACGCCUUCGAGUACUCGGUCCAGGACGGCGAAGGCGGACACAGCAGGCAGGAACGAGGUGACGGCAACGGACGCGUCACAGGGAGUUACACAAUUCAACUCGCAGACGGUCGUAGUCGAAUCGUAGAAUAUAUUGCCGAUGAGGGAGGCUACAGAGCCAAUAUCAGAACGAACGAAUUCGGCACCGAGAGUCAGAGUCCUGCGGAUGUCGGCCUUCAAUCGUCAGCUAUUCCAGCUCGAGAAGCCACCCUCAUCGGAGAACGGGACAGCCGUUUCAGGCAAUUCGGUCCCUCAACCCACAAGAAAGCCUGA